CGCGCCGACGCCAGCGAGGUGCGGCCCGCGCCGUCCGGCAGUCCAGCGGAGCUCUGGUCAUGGUGCUGGGCCGCGGGCUGCUCGGCCGCCGCAGCCUCGCCGCGCUGGGAGCCGCCUGCGCACGUCCGGGCCUGGGUCCAGUCCUACUGGGAGUCCUCCUCCAUCACACGGAUUUGAGGAAGAGUCUGACUGUGGACCAGGGAGCCAUGAAGGUUGAGUUGCUGCCCGCACUGACCGACAACUACAUGUACCUGGUCAUCGAUGAGGACACCAAGGAGGCCGCCAUUGUGGACCCGGUGCAGCCCCAGAAGGUUGUGGAUACAGUGCGGAAGCUUGGUGUGAAACUGACCACGGUGCUCACCACCCACCACCACUGGGACCACGCUGGAGGGAAUGAGAAGCUGGUCAAGCUGGAGCCUGGACUGAAGGUGUAUGGGGGUGAUGACCGGAUAGGGGCCCUGACUCACAAGGUCACACACCUGUCCACAUUGCAGGUGGGGUCUCUCAACGUCAAAUGCCUGUCAACACCGUGCCACACCUCGGGACACAUCUGUUACUUUGUGAGCAAGGCUGGUGGUUCGGAGCCCCCUGCUGUGUUCACAGGUGACACCCUGUUUGUGGCUGGCUGUGGAAAGUUCUUUGAAGGGACUGCGGAUGAGAUGUACAAAGCCCUGCUUGAAGUCCUGGGACGGCUCCCUCCAGACACAAAAGUCUACUGUGGCCACGAGUACACCAUCAACAACCUCAAGUUUGCACGCCAUGUGGAGCCCAGCAACGCUGCCAUUCAGGAGAAGUUGGCCUGGGCCGUGGAGAAGUACAGUAUUGGGGAGCCCACAGUGCCAUCCACGCUGGCAGAGGAGUUCACCUACAACCCCUUCAUGAGAGUGAGGGAGAAGACAGUACAACAGCACACGGGCGAGACAGACCCCGUGACCACCAUGAAGGCCAUCCGCAGGGAGAAGGACCAGUUCAAGGCACCCCGGGACUAGGUGGCUGCUGCCACCUUCAGAGGCAUUUGGGGACUAGGCUGCUUUAGGUAACUGACUUUCCUGCUGGUCGCACAGGAAAUUCAGUCUCAGCUUAAUUUUAAAUUAAUUUUAGAGCCCUUUGCUUGUGCUAUCAAAUGUUCUAAUGCAUAUUUAUAAGAUAAUUUUAAAAAGUAUUUAUUCCUGUAA